AUGGCCCGUCUCAGCUUCUUUCUACUUUCCGCCCUGUCACUCGGCUUUGCUGCUGCCGAAGACCUGCAAGACUGCAAUGGAGCCAGAUACCUCCCUUCCCGAUACACCUGCUAUGACGGCAAAUAUCUCUGCCCAGUCUACAAUGGCGUACCUACGCUUCGAUGCGGCGACGCCUGCUACUCCGCCGGUCAAUACAGCUGCAACAACGGUGUAUUGAGCGGCCUCUCAUUCACUGAUACAUCUUACACCCUCCGUGCCGACAACCCGACCGCGCCUUUCGACAAUGCGCCCAUUGAGGCCUGCAGCCGCGCUUUCUGGAUCGGAAGGGGCACCUGCGCUUACUGCCCUUCUGUCGUCGGCGAGUACUGCGCCACGUUCCCCAAUGACACCCGCCUUAUCGGUAGCAGCGGAAUGUCCACCUCCGUCCCCGGCGGUCAGAUGUUCUACAUCGAUCCCACUGGUGCCUUGGGCUACACCGGAGCACACAGCGCGUACUAUCCCCCCGGCUCUGUCUUCGGCGUCACGGCAUACAAGAACGGCGACCAGGGAGAGUUCAAGUAUACGCCUGGCGAGGGAUGGUAUGCUUGCCCUACGACUGCGGACGCGAAUGUGUUGCAGAUCUUCCAGAAGCUGCCGGGCAUCACGCUGGCGAGCAAUUGUACGGGAUUGAAUAUUCUGGUUACGGAGGUUGGAGGAACGGGUGCUUGGCAGUAUACCUAG